AUGAUGGGCUCCGUGCUCCCCGCGGAAGCCCUGGUCCUCAAGGGGGGGCUGAAGGGGCCCGGGCUCUCGCUGGCCGAGGUGAUCACGUCGGACAUCCUGCACAGCUUCCUCUACGGCCGGUGGAGGAACGUCCUGGGCGAGCAGCUCUUCGAAGAGAAGGCCGCCGGGGGCUGUGGUGGUGGAGGCGGAGGAGGCGGAGGAGGAGCGCACAGCAACCCCAAAACGGCCUUCACGGCGGAGGUCCUGGCUCAGUCCUUCUCUGGAGAGGUCCAGAAGUUAUCCAGCUUGGUGCUGCCUUCAGAGGUCAUUAUUGCCCAGAGUUCCAUUCCUGGAGAAGGGCUGGGCAUCUUUUCUAAGACCUGGAUCAAAGCGGGCACAGAGAUGGGACCUUUCACUGGCCGGAUCAUCUCCCCAGAGCAUGUGGACCUUUGCAAAAACAACAAUCUGAUGUGGGAGGUCUUCAAUGAAGAUGGAACAGUCCGUUAUUUCAUUGACGCCAGCCAAGAGGACCAUCGCAGCUGGAUGACAUACAUCAAGUGUGCCAGAAAUGAGCAGGAACAGAACCUGGAGGUGGUCCAAAUUGGGAACAGCAUCUUUUACAAGGCCAUUGAGAUGAUUCCUCCGGAUCAAGAAUUGCUCGUUUGGUAUGGGAACUCCCACAAUACCUUCCUGGGGAUCCCUGGAGUGCUGGGACUUGAGGAAGAGCAGAAGAAGAGUAAGCACGAGGACUUCCACGCGGCUGAAGCAGGUGCCAGUUCCACUGGCCGCAUGCGCUGUGUCAUCUGCCACCGAGGAUUCAACUCCCGCAGCAACCUCCGCUCCCACAUGCGCAUCCACACCCUGGACAAGCCCUUUGUCUGCCGCUUCUGCAACCGCCGCUUCAGCCAGUCCUCCACCCUCCGCAACCACGUCCGGCUCCACACCGGCGAGCGCCCUUACAAGUGCCAGGUCUGCCAAAGUGCCUAUUCCCAGCUGGCCGGCCUGCGGGCCCACCAAAAAAGUGCCAGGCACCGGCCCCCCAAUGGCUCCCUGCAGUCACAUUCACCGGCCCUGCCUGUGCCGCACCCCACCUCCCUUGCUCACCACAUCCCCACCAUGGUGCUGUGA